AUGCAUCCCGGUUCGAUGCGGCCCGUUGUUGCCCUCCUCGGCGCUUGGCCACGGCUGCUGAGGUCACGAGCCCCCUCAGGGGCCGUCCCGCUGCAACGGCGCUGCUUCGCGGAAGGCGGCGCCGACUCCUCUGACUUUCCGAGGUCAGAAACGAGUUCCGGAGACUCGGCGCCGGGGCGGCCGCAGGAUUCGAAGGAUGCUCCACAACCUCCAAGAUCACGUUCGGUGCUGGGCGAGGUCGACGCGGAGAUGGAGCAGGUUCGCAGCAGAGCCGGCAUGAAGCACAACACGAAGUGGGACCCGACCGGUCCAGCGUAUCGUUUUCGCCUGCCGGCGCAGGCUGGCGGGGCACCGAGGGGUCCGGGUCCCUACGACGACCACUCGGGCCUUCGGUUUCCGACGCUUGAGACGGCUGAGAACAUCGAUUACCACAAGGAUAGGGGCCUCGAUCGUGUGAUCGAACGGGCAUACCCGAUCCAGGUUCCGGGCUACCGGAGACUUGAUCCAUACCUUCGUGAGUACAUCUACUUCCUUCACAACCUCGAUCCUGCUCGCUUUUCCAUCACCAGGAUUGCGCAGAGGUAUCGCAUGCGGGAGAAGACUGUGGCAAAAGUCGUCCAGGAGUGGGGCACGAACCACUACCUCACAAGGACCGGACUGACGAAGCUCAGCAAGAAGCAGCAGACUCGCGAGGCCGUCAUCAUGGCCAAGAAGGAACAAGAGUACGCCAAGUGGGUCGGUUGGGACCAGCUGGGUGAUGAGGAUGACAGUGAAACGGACGACGAGGCCAUCGGAGACACCAGGGGCUGGCGAUCCACCAGCGACUGGAUCCGCAAGCAGACGGUCGAGGUGGAGAUGAUGUCUGCAUUCCCAAUGAUGGAGAAGCGAGAUCCGAUGCCAAAGCGCGUGGACGUUGACAUGGUGGUUGACAGCAGGCAGAACUUCAAGAUCAUCAACUGGAUCGAUCCGACGGACAAGGUCGUCUUUUGA